UGUUUACAGGUCUGCAGGCUAUGGAGGAAUCUAAUACUACGUCUUAGAUGGUUGAGAUUGGAGUCUUUUCAUAGAAAAUAUCAUCAUAGACCAGAAUAUACAGGUGAAAUGGGAGAUAACCUUGGAUUGGACAGGUUUAGUAUUCUGAUAACAGUUUGUUCUCCUGUGCUUCUAGCCGGGGUCGGAGUAUACCUUCCUAUCAGAAGUUGUGAGUCUGGUCUACGUGUAUCUGUUGAUCUGAUAGAACAUGGAACAGCUAGCUCAGGUCCAGCCGGAGAUAUGGUCGCCAGCAGAUCACUUUAUAUAUCCAGAUCUAGCUUAGCAACAUGGCCACACAAGUUUAGAGGAGCUAAAUUGGUUCAGAUUGAGGCUGAAGGAGAUCAAUGUAAGGAAGAUCCAGGACGAGGUCUUCAUCCUCUUCCAGUAAUGUUCGACCAACUAGUUGAACUUCAGACAAGUAUAAGAUAUAUGCUAACAUUGUGCUUGGACAAAGAAAACGAAGAUCAUCAAGAAUCCGAAACACUAGGUUCAGUUUGGGGAUUCCAGGGCCCCCCUCCAAGCAGAAAAAUAGAGGAGGAAGAGAAUUAUUUUAGGUGGUUCCAGGUUAAACGGCCUGGUUCAACAUCUUCAGGGUCAAAUAAACAGUUCCCGAUUAUAUAUUAUUUAUCUUAGUUAUUAAAAAUAUAUUUAUAAUAUAUAUAUUAUAUAUAAUAUAAAUAUUUGUUUUUACUUGCAAAGUUUUCUUAUAAGUUAAUGAAUUUCUUUAAUACCAAUUCUAUUAAUAGUUUAACUCAUUCUCUUACAUUGCUAUAAUUAAACUUAUCGAUCUUAUACGUUUUAAGGGUUUGAAUUACAUCUUCCUAAGAUUUACAAUCUCUGUUUAAAUUUUAAUUUUCAGCUCGUUGUCAAAACAAUAUUUUGAUGUUACUUAAAAAGUGUUAACCAUUAAACUUCCCACUUUUGAAAGUAAAUACAAAUUCAAAAAGACACUGUUUGCUUUUUGCCUAUUCUUUUCAUUCUUUGAUAAUUAAUUACUUUUAUUUCUUUGCGAAAAAAUAUAAAUAAGCGUUGUUUGAUCUUAUUUUACUGUUUUGGAAACAAUUCCUUUAAACUUUCUUCAUACACCCAUUCUUGCCAUUGUGAUUCUGCACUUAAUGAACCAAUAUUUGCUCAGUUUAUUUAAAUAUAAUAAAUCUAUUAGGUAU